AUGGCUGAGCCCCAUGUCCCUCCAGUCACCAGCGCGCUGCCGCCCGGCGACCAGCCCGAUCAUCUCUCCGAAAUGUCGGAGGAUGAGGCGGCGCUGGCGGCAUUAGGCUAUAAACAGGAAUUCAAGCGCGAGUUCUCGGCUUGGACCACAUUUGCUGUCAGUUUUGCGGUCAUGGGCUUACUGCCGAGCAUUGCCACGACAAUGUGGUACGGAGUUGGUUACGCCGGACCGGCAGCCAAUACAUGGGGUUGGAUCGUCAGUGUCAUCUUCAUCAUGUGUGUUGCAUCGUCGAUGGCGGAGUUGGCAAGCAGCAUGCCAACCUCUGGUGGAUUGUAUUAUGCUUCGGCGGUGCUUGCUGGCCCCAAGUUUGGUCCUUUUGCCUCGUGGAUCACUGGAUGGUCAAAUUGGUUUUUGCAAGUCACGGGAGCUCCGAGUGUAGACUAUGGAUGUGCUGCCAUGACCCUAGCUGCAGCAUCCAUAAUGAACCCGGAAUACGUUCCGACUGAGUGGCAGACGUUUUUGUUGACGGCAUUCAUCAUGUUGAUCCAUGCUUGCCUCAGCAGUAUGCCGACGUUGUGGAUCGCGAAUCUCAACUCUGUGGGAACAAUCAUCAACAUUCUCUGCUUGGUCAUCACCAUCAUUAUCAUUCCCGCGGCCGCCAUGACGCAACCCAAGUUCCAGCCGAAUGAGGUUGCCUGGGGUAUUCAGAAUUAUACCGAGUGGCCGGACGGAGUGGCUGUUCUCAUGAGUUUCUUGUCCAUCAUCUGGACCAUGUCAGGUUACGACGCAUCGUUUCAUUUGAGCGAGGAAUGCUCCAAUGCCGCGAUCGCUAGUCCUCGAUCAAUCGUCUUCACCGCGGCUAGUGGAAGCAUUCUAGGUUUCUUCCUAAAUCUGGUCAUUGCAUAUACGAUUCAAGACGUAGAUGAAGUCAUCAACACGGAUCUCGGCCAACCCUGGGCAGCCUACUUGGUCCAAAUCCUUCCGCAGCCCAUCGCCAUGGCCGUGCUGGCCAUGACUAUCAUCUGCGCCUUCAUGAUGGGCCAAGGCUGCAUGGUGGCAGCCUCUCGUGUCUGCUUCGCAUACGCGCGGGAUGACUGCUUUGGCAUAUUCUCCGGACCCCUGAAGAAGGUCAACCGACACACCUUGACCCCGGUCAAUGCCGUCUGGUUCAACACAAUCAUUGGCAUCAUGCUGAACCUUCUCAUCUUUGGAGGCGUGGCCAUUGGUGCCAUCUUUUCCAUCGGUGCAAUCGCCGCGUACGUUGCCUUUACGAUACCAAUUACCAUCAAGACCUUUUAUGUCGGAAGCAAUUUUCGCCGGGGACCAUGGCAUCUCGGAUGGUUCAGUAUGCCAUCCGGAGUCAUGUCGACAAUGUUUGUGCUUGUCAUGAUGCCAAUCCUGUGCUUCCCGACGGUGAGAGACGGCGAUUUGACACCAGAGUUGAUGAACUGGACCGGCUUGGUCUACGGCGCGCCCAUGUUUAUCGUAAUUAUCUGGUUUGCCGUCGAUGCGAGGAAAUGGUUUAAAGGCCCCAAGAUCAAUAUCCAGCAUCAUAUGCUACACCAAGACCUCAGUGCUCACCCUGGAGUUACUGGCAUCGAUCCCAUAGAAUCAUCUGCAGUGGUCGAGGGGGCGGAUCUGGAGAAAGGUUCAAGCAACAAGAGUGGUAAGACUUGA